AUGUUACAGAGUAUUGUCCUUUCCGUGUGCGUGUUCAUGUUGCACACAGUUGCCGCAAGUGGGCCCCAGGCGUAUCAGAAAUUGGAUUUUACAAACGUCGGUUUUACAGGUCAUUACGUGAACGUAAAUAAGUUUAAAGAUAUCACUAACAAUGAAUCAUGUACUUGUGAAGUCGGUGAUGAAAUAUGGUUCAGCGGUAAAAGUGCCCCAUUGUCAGACUACUUAUCCGUUCAUUUCCGUGGUCCAUUGAAAUUGAAGCAAUUUGCCUUCUACACCUCCCCUGGAUUUACUGUCAACAACAGUAGAAGUUCCUCAGAUUGGAAUCGUCUAGCGUACUACGAAUCCAGUUCUAAGACUGCUGACAACGUUACUUUCCUAAACCAUGGAGGUGAGGCUUCCCCUUGUUUGGGAAAUGCUUUGUCCUACGCUAGCUCUAACGCUACGGGUAGUGCCAGUGCGGCCACUGUUUUGGAAGAUGGCACAUUGAUUUCUUCUGACGAAGAAUACAUAAUUUACUCCAAUGUGUCAUGUCCAAAAUCAGGUUACGAUAAAGGCUGUGGUGUUUACCGUAGUGGUAUUCCAGCUUACUACGGGUACGGCGGUGCGACAAAAAUGUUUUUAUUUGAGUUCGAAAUGCCUACUGAAACCGAGAAAAACAGUACUUCUAUCGGAUAUUACGACUUGCCUGCCAUUUGGUUGCUGAAUGACCAUAUUGCAAGAACUUCUCAAUAUCCAACUAAUGCCAACUGUUCAUGUUGGGCCAGUGGAUGUGGUGAGUACGAUAUCUUUGAAGCCAUGAAUGGUACGGAAAGAACCCACCUGUACUCUACAUUCCACACCUUCCAGGGAAUCGAAGAUUUGGGUACUGGUAUUCAAUCUUACGGUUAUAUUGCAAGAAAUACCACCGGAACCAUGAAAGGUGGUGUUGUUUUUGACUCUAGUGGAAACGUCGUCUCUUUCAUUUCCGACGCUACACCAUUUAAUGGAACUGUCUCCGCGGAGAUCGUUAACGGGUUGUUAGCUGCAAUCCCUCAAAACGAAACUUACUCUUCUCAACUGAUGAGUAUUUCUGCUACCGCUCCUAGUACGACAUCAAAAUCUAGUGGUAUUGCUCUAACAAAGAUGCAAAACGGUGUAUGGUACUAUAUUUUGGCCAUUUUCACUGCCUUCACACAAGUGUUUUUGAUUUGA